UAUUUGCGAUUUCACUUCCCCUUGUGGGAAUGUUUCACAAACUAGCCGAGUUGAGUCGCCCUAGAUGUCAUUCUACGAUAACAUCAGCGGUGAAAAAAAUUUAGCAGAAGAAAAAAAAAAAAAAAAACACCUGCCCACUUCCUCCCUGAGAUUGCUUUAGAAUUAGAGCUGCCGCGUGAAGUUCUUAGAUGCCAACCGAGCCGUACAACGAUGAGGUAGCGAUGGUGCUCGGCGCUCGGCCUCCACUGAGGAUCAGCAUCGUCCUGCAUCUACUUCUCCUGGCAGAUCUGGAGUCCGUCAUCAUUGUUAAGGAAAUUUAUUUGGGAGGCACGGUGACCUUAUCCUGCCUGGAGGGAUGCAACAAACCAGUGACCAGAGACGACAUAACUCAGAUUACAUGGAGAAAAACCAACAAUUCUCACAUUCUGAGUUUCGCUACAACACUAAAAACGAAUCGGACAACGUCCAACUUCUCAGAGCCCAGAUACUCCUUCCAGGAUCCGUCCAACCUCCGGAUUACGGACACUCAGCCCAGCGACUCCGGGAAUUACUCCUGUGAUUUAUCAACAAGCAUCGGAAACUGUAAGAACAUUUUCCCCCUUCAUGUAUCAGAAAACAAUUUGAAUAAUGCCAGUGAGGCGCACAGAACACUGAUAUAUGCAUCAAGCUCAGUAGCAGCCGGAGCCGUCAUUAUAAUAAUUAUCAUCAUAGCGAUCGUAUAUUGGAGGACGCGUCCAAAGACUGAAAAACCACCAGAUAAAAUUCACCAAACCAGCCCGGAGCCCCCACAGAGAGAAGAGCCGAUCUACGAUAAUGCCGAUCAGAAUUACUGCCUUCGUUUUAACACUCUCUACGAUGGUUUACCCCUCGGUGGGACGAUGCAAAGCCAGGUGUGAGCCGAGGACAGACGCCAGACAAAAACUUUCCUGCCUGCAAUGGCCAGAACAGCCAAUGGGGAUGGAGGACGGGAUGUUGGUGCCACCUUCCUGGGGCAAUGGCUUUCCUAAAACUGCCAUUGCGUCGUCCCCGGCGCAGGCGCUACAACUAUUUUGUACCAUCAAUUAAAGAAUGUUGAAUGCAUUAAAGACAAUCUGUGAAUUCUGAGCCAUGCAGAGAAGUUCACCAACUGGACUUUCCACCAGGGGACCAUAAAUGGAUGGAGACCAGUAUGGAAUGAGCCAGAGAUAGACAUCCGUUGUUGAUUUAAUGUUAUAUGUCAUAUAUGUGAAUAUAUAUUUGCUAAAUGUAAAUAAUGUGAAUAAACCUAUAACAGCUUGUUAAAGCUUUGAAAGGC